CGCACACGUGGUUGCCGACCCAGCGUGGUUGUGAAAACUCCGUAAUUCACAUUGCUAUUUGCCGACCGUUGUUGCUCUUUGCUAGCACUCGCACUCACACGCGUUCAAUAACGAUGGUCGUGUCCAGCAUUCGCUGGUGCCGUACCUGUGCUCGUGCAAGGUGGAUGAGCGUGCCGAUUCUGAGCAUCUUCCAACAUGGCCGCCACGGCCCAUAUUUCUGCCAAAAUAUCUCAACAUGAAAGAAUCCACUCUUGGUGAGGCGAAGACGCUCCAGACGUCAAUUAUGUGCGGCUCAUUGAAGCCUCUAUCACCAAGCUACGGAGAGGCAUUCCGGUCUAUCGAAACCUCAUCAAGCCGAUCGUACGACGCUUUUCCAAAUCGAGUCGGCCAGCAGGACUCAAUGCGCAGACAAAGCCCCCGCCUGAAUCGCGUGUCAAAAUCCGAUCACACAAUCGCCCUGGAAUCACAGCACUAAACACAGACAGUCGUCGUGAGCUGCGGGUGGAUCGCGGAAGUCUGUCCCGCCGACCGGCGCGAAUAGGCAAAGCCUCUUUCCCUUUACAUGAGUGCCACUGGUCCUCGUGGCGAGGCAGAAUGGACAGUUGACAGUUCUGCCACAGCAGCGGAUGGUUCAACGUGGUCAAAAGUACAGCGAAGACUGUCGUGCUGGGCCGUCGCAGGCUCAUGCUUGCGCAGCUGCAUCGUGCAGCCUCUCUGCCGUGCUUGCCCCUGACCGAAACUUCCGCUGAUUUGCCCAUGAAUCGACAAAAAACUCAACUCCCCUACUGUGAGGCCGGAAAGAUUGCGCACCUUCAGAAACUCGGUCAGUGCUCUAGCAUGUAUUCAGUACUAGUUCAGGACGAUCUACAUGCCUUGAUUCCGUCCCGGCUUCAUUAACUUCGAGCAUUAAUUUCAACACGCGCGACAACGGGUCGAUCUUAGUUGUAGGCAAGGGAGACCCGAACAAAGAGCACUCAAAAGCCUUGUCAGAUUGUUCUUAUUCGUCGAAAUGGGAUGCGACAGUUUCUUCAAUAGCAUUCUGUGCCACUGCAAUAAUCCAGAUCGAGAGUCGUCCACGACUCGGGUCUUGGGGAAACUGGUUAUUGAAAGUUUGAUGAAAAAUAUCCCUUAUCGAAGUUUUUGGUCAAGUGCAGGUCAACAUACCACCUUCGCUUUGCGGCUCCAUUAAAGGCGAGAAAAUUCCGUCCGUCUGACCUGUCUAUCUUUGUUGCCACUUUAGUAAGAUCUGCAUUGAAUAGUCAAAGAUUCUUGUCAGAACUUUUUCCAAGCCACAUGUGCGAAUCAAUGCUCAGCACGACCAUCGGCAGCCUCCGCGUCACAGGCAUGCGAUUAUCGCAAUUACCAUUUCUACACGGAGCAUUCCGUAGUCAUGACCGCGUUGUAAAGAUGAAGAUUUUCUUGGGCAGGAGCUUAAAUUCAGCAGCAAAUAUUGUAGAUAGCCUCGAAAAUUAUCUCGUUGAACUGGCAGGCUGUCACCACGUAUGCGUGUCCACAUGCAACAUCUUCAGUCACCACAAUGCAGAGCCGAAAUAUCAAAAGGCCUUGAUUUUUCUGACAAAUGCGACUCCAUAUUCUGGAUUUUCCUGCCAAAUAAUGCGCUUAAACCGGUCAUGAACAGUCUUUCGAAGACUGAUUCCACCUUGGCCACUUCGAGCGGGCUCCUUCAGUUGCAAGCGAAGCUAUCACAUGUGGUACUUAACCGCGGGUAUCAUCCCAUAUUUGGUCCACAAUCCGGGACAUGGUUACCUACUCACCAGCAUGUUCCCCAGAUGAUCACCGCUUAAGCAGCGAGCAAUGCAGGCACACCGCAUCGCCUCGCCCAAAGCAGACUGAGAAGACGGCGCUCACCCUGCUGCCACGCGAGAAUUGGUACAACGUUGAAUGAAGAGUCGUCGUGGUUGGUUUCAAGGCCAAGAAAUCCUGGCCUUGAUCUACGGCUGACGUUAUGCUACGAGAGGGAUAGAGGCCCAUGACACACUCAAAACGGCCAAGAGAAGGACCCUAUGCGUGUUGUACUGUGUACGCAUUGCUCCAACGCUAUGUCUGAUGUUGGAUGAGCGUCGUGGUACACGUGACUAAAACUUGUGGCAAGGAAUGCGCCAGAUGACUUCGUAUCAAGGGCACAAUGCAGUCCGCGAGUCGCAGCAAGUCAACUCGUGCCAGUUGACGCUGAGAAAGGCGAGCAAUGCUGUAAGCAAUCCUGUGGGCAGCACUGCGACUUCGCAGCUUCGUUGCCGAGACUCGUUUCCAUCUCCCGAGGGCAAAACCUUGGCUUGUGAUUUCCAGCCCACGAAAAACGCCAGAUUCGAGGCUUUGAGGACGAACGUCUGCCACUCGCUUUGUUGCGACGGCACUGGAACAAGAUUGGAACGCCUUCCCGAUUGUGCUUCAUCUACCAAACUUUCCUUUCGAGCACACGCACCGUCCUCUCCGACAAGUCCCAGACCGUCUGGGGUAUAUGGCCAGCCACCGAGGGGCCCCGGUGUCAUCUAGCAUCGGUGGUUGUUAGAAUUCGGGGGCUACCCAUUUCCUCGGAUCUGGCGCGAACUAAGUCACGAGUGCCAGACGAAAUGUCAUAGACCGUAUUCCUUUACCGAUCUCCCUCAUAUGCAGGCAGUUCGAUAGGGCUCAAAUUUCAUGGAUGAAGACUAGAACCCGCCACAUCGGUG